AUGAUGAAGAAACAAACAAGAAUAACAUGGAUUAUAGAGCUAUUUCUUGUCAUUUUGGCUUUACGUGCUACACUGCAAGCUCAAAACGAAUCAGAAUUUCAGCUCGUAGUGAACGAGCUUCCAUAUCCCGAAAAUAGGGACAUUUCAUAUACAAAUCGAAUUAGUCAAAGUUAUUAUGUUCUCCAAUUUGUGUUGGAUAACUCGGAAAUUGAUUUGUGUGAUUCGAGUCUCAUUGACACAAGGUUGACGAUACAAAAUUCAUCAGCGUUUUUGAACAACUCUAUUUGUAUUGAAUACUUUUGUGAAUGUUCAUUGGAUUCCAAUGUUUGUCUGAACUUGACAACUAGUCUCGUCAGUAACACCACGUUUCGAAUGGAAUACUUCAGAAUGAUUAAUUUUUGUAUUCAUUGUAACAAUUUUCAUUCUCAAGAAUUUAGAAAGGCAAUAGCAAGCAGUAAUAGCAACCAAUGCCUGUCAAAAUUUCCAAGUUAUGAAGCGUUGCAAACAUCCAUGCUUAGCCAUUGUAACCAUAAUAUGGACGAACAAUCUAUACAUUCCAUUAUUGCAAACAGCUCCGUCGUCAAUACUACUAAUUUCAAUAUUGGAAUUAUUGAUUGGAGAUUUUUUCAACCUGGAGUUUAUUAUAGCAGUAUUUAUACUUCAAAGCAAUCGAAUAUAACCACUGAUAAUACCCUUCAUCUUUACAAUACUCUAUUUGUUUCUGAUUUGAUGAAUCCAGUGAUGUGUUGGUGUAGAAAUGAAUUAGGGAAACGACUUGCGUUUCAAUGUGCAGACGCUUACUACAACUUUAUUCUUCCGUUCAAGUAUAUGGGCUCCCCUUUGAUAAUCAUUCUUUUGUUUUCUAUUAAUUUAAUACUUUUCAUUGUAUAUAAUAUAAUCCCACUGACUCUAACCAAAAUUCAUGCCAUUAACUCCCGACUUAAAACCUCAAUAGCGAACCAAGCAUCCUCAACAUUCCUUCCAAAUAUUAUUUUGAAAAUAUGUUUUGAAGAAUUGUUGUUCACCGACUUGAGACCUUCCAUUUUACUGCUUCUACUUUGCUCUACACUGCUUAUUCUUUUGGAAAAUGUAAUUCUAUUUAUUUGGAACUUUCGAUUUUUCUAUGAUGUCGUUGUUCAUUGGGGACAUAUUGUUGAUUUGCUUGGUUCCUCAAAGACAAAGAGAACUCUCUCUCGACGAAAUUGGGUUUUAUUGGCAAUCAUGUAUGCAUUUAACGUCUUUGCAUUGAUCGUAGGAGUUGUUGGAUGCAUAAUUUUGGAAGGAACAUUUCCCUUAUUCGCUGUUGCUGCCAUUUGCAUGAUUGUUUGUCCCAACAUUUUAAUGGUUGUUUUCAGUGCCUACAGUUGGAUUAUCUUUAAAAGGUUGAAACGAUCUCAGAAAAACAUUUCAGAGCUCAAAUUCACCAAAAAGAUGAUACUUUUCAACUUGGUGCUCAUCAUGUCCUUCCUAGCUGCAGCUGUUUUGCUUCCAACCUAUGUUGUAGCUUGGGAUUUGUACGGUAUUUACGUUGGUCUGUUCAGAUCCAUGGGUAUUGAUGUGACUUGCUUUGUAAUUUUGCUUUUCAUCACUUACAUUCUAGCCAACGACGUGGAAAUUUCCAAACAUUACAGUUCCUCCGUGAGCGACAUUCUUCUUUGUAAAUGGUUUGAAGAGAUCAAGAUGAAUAGAAGAAGGAGUUCAAACCAUAAUAUUACGACACACCCUGAGGAUAAUGAGGUGAAACCAGUGAACACCGAUUCCAAUCCUUCUCCAGUCGUUUAA